ACGAAGAAAGAAAUGUCAAGAAAAAGAAACAUCGAUGCACAAGAAAGUAAACUCGACAGGUGCUGUGCAACAACAGUUUAUUAAUAUGCUGCAGAGAAACAGUACAGUACGUCCCCAGGGUCGAAGAUAUACAGUUCAAGAGAAAGUAUUCUGUAUCGGUAUAUACAAACGAUCGCACGCAUGUUACAAUUUUCUAUCCAAAUACCUCACCUGUCCUACAAUAACAACAUUAAAUUCCGAACUGGCACGUAUUCCUUUGAAAACUGGAUGCACUAAAUUAAUAGUGACAUUUUUGAAAAAUGCUGUAAGAGAUAUGAAAGAUGACAGAGAAAAGUAUGUAGCUCUGUUAUGGGAUGAAAUAUCGUUACAACCUGGGUAUGGAUUUUGCGAGAGGUCUACGAAAACCUUUCAAUUAGUACGGUGCAUAAAAAAAUGGCUGUCACACAUUAUCAAUUCUGGAUUGAUACCUAUCGCAACAAUAUGCGAUCAAAGUGGCCCAAACAUUGCUGCAAUAAAUGCGUUGAUACAACAUAAUAAUACAGGAUAG